AUGGCAGAUAGUGGAUCUUUUGUUGCGAAACCAGUGCGUGGCUGGCUACAUCCUGAUGCUGUGCUCGCCAGCGAUGGAGUCACAUACGCUGUUCGGUACAUUGGCUGCAUGGAAGUGUUGACUUCAAUGAAAAAAUUAGAUUUUGAAACAAGAUCUCAAGUCGCUAAGGAAUGUAUUGCGCGAGUUUGCGCAGCAGCCGGGCUUCGAUCAGCAGACAAGAAACGCCGUGUAUGCCAAGCGGCAGCCAGGGCUCUCGCAGCUAGACCAAGAAUGGCUCACUCUGGGGCAAAUGUAGCCCUUACGGUUUCAUCCAGAGCUAUAACAUUAGCAGCUUUAGAAGGUGGAGAGACAGUCGCCAAACAUGACAUGCCUCGCGUCUCAUUCGCCUCAGGUGGAGACACAGACUCUUUAGACUUUGUGGCGUAUGUAGCUAAGACUGCACCACCCUCUGAGUGGAGGGCGUGCUAUGUUUUAGAAUGUGGCGGGAGAUUGGCACAAGAUGUAAUAGCUACGAUUGGACAGGCUUUCGAGCUGCGCUUCAAAGAAUUUUUAACGAAACCAUCAUCGUUGAACAUAAACGGGUCCCGUUCAGUGUCGGGCGAGGCGUCGUCAUCAUCGGUCGCGCCGCUGGAGGACCGCGACUACUACAACGACAUGCCAGACAAGAUGCCGCCGGACCCUGCGCCUGCGCAUCGCCACCCGCCCCCGCCGCCGCUCGCCAAUCUCGCGACUUUAUCCUCGUGUGAGGAAAGCGUCCGACAUUAUGUGAAUCAAACGCCGCCCCCACGAACGCCGCCCACUGCGCUUUUACCCAACCACCAUACAGACAUUUUUGACAUGCAGCCAUUCACGGCGACUCCUUUAACAUCCUCUGCGGCAUCGUCAUCAUCGGCGUCAUCACCGCCGGCUGAUGUUGAGCCGCUGUCGAGUAAAACGCAAGCGGCCCUACUAGCGCGCGAGCCAUGGUUCCAUGGACCAAUAUCCAGGACCACCGCUGAAAAGUUGGUGGUAGAAGACGGUGAAUUCUUAGUACGCGAAAGUACGGCGUGCCCGGGACAGUUUGUACUGACGGGCGCACGUCGCGGAACACAUAAACACUUGUUGCUUGUCGACCCCAACGGUGUGGUGAGUGUACAUAAUAUUCAGUUUAUUUAUUCAUUAUUAAAUUCAUUUUAAUGUUUUCCAUGGCAAAAUUGGGGUCUUAACUUCUGAUGUAACAUUAUUAUGAUCUUGGCCCGCUGACACUGCCGCAGGGAUAAGUGCGCCCACUUGCUCCCUCCUAGAUCCGGUCCUGUAUUUAGAUGUCAUUUCCAAAAGGCAAAAUUUUUGAAAAAAAUAUUUGAAUUCUACAUGUUUUAAUGCUGCUAUCUACGUCGAGCUUUGCGUAAUAUGCCUUAUUAAAUAUAUAGUAUUUAUAUCAAUUAUAAGGUACGAACGAAAGACAGCGUGUUCGAGAGUGUACCACAUCUUAUCAAGUAUCAUUGUACCAACGAGUUGCCGAUAGUGUCCGCCGACUCGGAACUGUUGCUUCGUAAACCUGUACUGAGAACCGCCUCCUGAGGGCGCGCCCCCGCCUCUAAAACUAACCGCAGGAAUAUAUAAAAUAAACAUAUAAGACCGAUAAAUGUAAAACAUACGCUCAUGUCGCUUGUUUGCAAGAAUAAUGAGAAAAUUUAAAUUGGUACUUUCAAACAAACUAGUAUUAGACAGAGAAACAAUUAAUAUUGGCUUAGACAGAAUACGAGCAUUUAUAAUUUAUGUGUAAUCUAUGUAAUUCAAAAGCCAUAUUGUCACUAAAGACUAUCCAUGAUUUUUAAUUGGCUACUUGAUAAUAAAUCGUGAAAUAUGUUGGAAAUGGAAACUUUUAUUUAGUUUUUGCAAUUAUAAUACAUAGAUUUUAAGAACCGCACGCAGGCGGCCAUGACGGAGCAUCGUGUGACGUCAAAUUUCAAUAAACUAGACGUCGACUUCUUUGUUGCAAGUGCAACCAGUACUCAUGGUUAUUGAAAUGUGACGUCACUGCUCGAAAUGUCACGUGGUUAAUUGUUUUUGCGAGACAAUUUAAAUCAACUAAAAUAUGUUUUUUAAUAACACUGCAGAACAAUAAAUCUGAUAGUGGCUUAAUAUGAUCAUAUGAAAGUUUAAAAUCUUAUCCCAAUCAGUAGCAAACUGUGUCGUUCUUCUUGCAAACGAGCCGUCUAAAGCGGAGAUUUGACUAGACGGCCCGUGGGCAAGUCUGCAGACAUGCCUGCCAGACCUUGUUACUAUUUGGCAGGCAUGUCUGGCUAGUGUAUAGCCGUCGCAGUCUUUACACAGACCUAUAGUAACGAGGUCUGGCAGGCAUGUCUGUAGACUUUCUCACUUUAUAGAUUGUCUUCUACAUGCUGUAUAUUUUUUAGUAUUAUAUUAUAUUUUGGAUCUGCCGAGUAUACUAUUUAUACUUACACUGAUGAAAAUACAUGUGUAUUACGCAGAAAUACUAUAUUUCAGCUACCUUAAUACUGUCAGUUAUUAUCUUGACUCUGGUAGUAUUUUAUUUAAACUUUGAUGUAUUUUUUGAAAAAUAUUUUAUAUCUAAUAAUAUUGACAAUCCUGCUUAUUAUUGACAUAAUAAAUAUUUAUGACAAUCGAAUCUAUCAGAGGACUUUAUAGUUUUUUAGUAGUAUAUGUACCUCUUUUAUGAAGUAAAGAAAAAUUUGUGGAGUUAUCAUGAUACCUGCUGUUUCUUGGUAAUCGAAGUUAUCAGCUCUCGACCAAACUGAUAUCCAUUAAAAAAUGUUGAUUACAUUAAAACAAAUUAUUGGAAACGAGACACCUCGGAACUGUAAUGAGAAAUUUUGAUUUUAAUUACAAGCUCGACUAUUUUGAUUUAUUUUUAUUAUUAUUAUUAUUGACUCCAGUUGUCGAUAGUACUAUACGUACAGUAGCGAUCGAUAUUUUUUUUCAGUUCACGUUUCACAAAAAAGUAGUUAACUACUUUACAUUUAAAUGUAAUUUUAAGAAACGAAAUGCUGUAAUUAUGCUGUAGUGCAUAAUGCUACUUAAUGCGAUCUUAUAAGAAUAUAUGUAUUUAUAUAUAAAAUAAUGAUUUAUCACAAAUGCCACACUUAUUUAUAAACUAAUAGUAAAUUAAAUAUACAUAAUAGCGAGUCAAAAUGUUACUUAUUUACUUCAAAUCGUCUACGAAAAUAUAAGACUUAAUUAUAGAGCCCCAAAAAAUAUGAAUAUGAACCUAAGUUAUUGUAGUACUAUUAGAAUAAGAAUUAGAACAUCUCAAACUUUUUUGUAAUCUGGUCAAAGUAUGUUUACACAAUUGAUAAAAUGUAGUAAAACGUAUUUUAUUGGUGUAGUAGAAAUAAAACGAUCUCUGCGUUUGUUCAGUAACAUUCCUCAAAACAAAAUAUGACGAUAAUCUAAGCAAUACUUACUUCUUUGCUCUUUUUCUAUACAUCAAAAUGUGAGCAAAGUUUAUCAACUUAAAAUACUGCAAAAUAUUUGAGAUGAAGAUACCUUUCGAGUGUCAGUUGUAGAAAGUCGAAAACGCCAAUUGUACUGAAUCAUUGUAUAGUCAAAAAUGACAUUCUAGUGAAUGAAGUCUUAGUAUUAGAUCGCUAUGUAGAUUAAACACUGCUUUCCACAUUAACGUCGAGAAUCUCGUAGGAAUGACUGUUAUAUAAUGUACAGCCAACAGCACGUAAGCUGAUACAAAACUGCUUAAAAAAUCCAUUUUAAACUUUAACUUGUUGACAUUUUUUUAGGUUUUUCAUUUUGUAUUAACUUAACGUCCUGCUGUGCUGUAGUUCUAAGAUCUAAGAAUAGUGCAUUCAAAUUUAUAUUGCACAAGUUUAUUCUUGUUUAUAAUAUAACGUUGAUUAUAAAUGUAUCACUGUUGACAUUUGUAGUGUUAUAUAAUAAUAUGCAUUUAUAAUAUUCCAAUGUCGUAUUUUUUUUUUAUUAAAUGUAUAAAUUAUUCAAUUAAUUUACCAAAGCUAUCAAUGAUUUAAUUAAGGAAUGUGAUUUAUAUUGUUAAUAUGGGAUACUUGCUUCACCGACUGAGAUGAGUCGUUGUCGUAAUCACAUAAAGGAUAAUUAAUUAAUCAAUGCAAUAUAUCUAUGUUCCCUAUACGAUUAUUUAGAAAAUACUAUUUUUGCUAUACAGAUGUAUUAAAUUUACUCGAUUCAUUCCCAAUGUAUUGCUUGAAUCAUAAUUUAUUUAUCCACUGAAGAAAAUUAAGGAUCAAUCACCUUAUAGUUUUUGAAUGGGAACUAAUAUAUUAUAUUCCUAUUCGAAUUUAUAAGAAUGUUUAAUAGUCCAUAUUAUAAUAUACUUUUUAUGAAAUUGACACUAUUGUGAAUGAAAUAACAUAUAGGUGCUAUAAUUGCUUACUUAAAAUUAUAUUAAUCAUCCUUGUAUUAAGUUUAAAUAAAUAAAUUUGUACAUAUUAUUCCAUCAUAUUUUUUUUAUUCUCAGACUAUUAUACAUCGUUGUUAGAUUAUGUUAGUGAGAAUGUAUCCAGUUUCCACAAUUAAUAUUUCAAGGCCAAGUUUUUGUAGAUAUC